GUCAUUAAACAUUUCCCACCACACACUGCUCUGGGGUGGGGGUGUGUGUGUGUGUAUGUUUCUGAGCUUGUUUGGACUUGGAUGCCUUAGCAGUGAUUAGGACUAAGCUUGGUGGUUGCAAAUGCCAGACCAUCCUCAUCAGGACAGCAGGAUCCCACCUGCAGAGCUCACCUCUGUGUCAAUCUAUCCCUGAGGUGCCCAGGCUUGCUUAUACUUGACCAGCUGCCAGCUCAUUUUGAAGGUACUGAAGGUGCUGAGGAUGCCUUUGCAUUGCAGCUGCAAGUUUUAACCCAGCUGAGCUGAGAGGAGCCCAGUCAGAGAUUGUGAGACUUGCCUGGCCUGGGCUGCAGGGGGAUGCUGCAGUUGGUACUGAGCAGGGCUGCUGACAGUCUGGCACGUCCAGCUCUCGAGGUGGCAGUUCAGUCACCAGCCCAGCCAUUGCAAAACGUGCUGCCAGACACUCAGUGGGGAGGGUGUGCGUGCCAGAGACGUGUUUUGGAGCCAGCUAAGCAAACAUAUCCCAUGGCAUCCGAGUGUUUGUUAUCUCAGCUGUCCCAGGCACACUCUCCAGGCCAGCUUCUAGCUGGGACCUCCAGCUUUGGCUCACAGCUGAGCCCAGCAGUCGCUGAUGGCACAGAAGCAUGCCAGGGUCAGGCUGUGUUGCUCUUUCACUUCUGAUAGCACAGAUCUUUGUGACAAUUGAAGAGCAAGGCCGAGUUAGUGGGUAAGGAGAUGGAGUGAGACUGACUGCUGAAGGCUGUAGACCAGGAAAAAAAAACAAACCAGCAGAAGAUAUGGACUCUUCUAUUUAGAGUUAGUCCUGAUCUGCAGAAUUUUGGCACAUAUCCAGGUAAAUACUGUACAAGUGCAGGCAGGAAACUGCUGCCAUAAUCAGCACGGUGAACAAAGGUAUUUUUCAGGCAUAAACUUCCCUAAUUCAUUGUGUGGCCAUGGCCACAGAGCAGAUCCCUGGAAGAGGAGGGAAUUGCCCCACUCCAUCUCACCUCGAAGAAGCAUCUCCACUGCUGCAAGGUCUCUGAGGCUCUGGGUUAAAGCACAAAAGCCUUUAAGUACUUACUAAUGGAUUACUUGUCAGUACAGUUAAGUACUGAAGUGUCACCUGAGGGAAAAGUCUGCAUUUUGGAGCGUUUUAAAAUGCUCUUCAAAGUGAGUCUUUGUUUUGUAAGAAAGAAAUUAAAAAGAGGAGGGUGACUAAUCUUUGUUGCAGAUUUGAUAUUUGAGGAAAGGAAGGAGUAAUUUGUAAAAAUAAAAAAAAAAUUGAAGUUAAAAUCUCAUUAAUCAUUUGAGUUAUUUCAGAAGGAAAGUUCAAGGAGAAAAAAAAAGCAAAAGAGGUGGGAGUCAAAAGAAGUGACUCAGGUGCCAUUAAUUGAGUCUGAGUAAAUCAUUCAACUCUGGUUGCACAUCAGACCUGCCCGAGGGGCAUUGCACAGGCUGGCAAGGUGUCCUUUGCCAUCAGGAGUCACAGCCUGUGGUCAGUCAUACAGCUUUGGGUACAGCAGUGACCUGCUGCAGAGCUGUGUGUCCCAGGGCCCUCUCAGGGACCUCAGAAGGAAGGAGACCCCCAGAGAAGGGGAGGAUGUAGUUCUGCAGCCUGGCUGGCUCACUCGGCUCCCUCUUGGGCAGUGCUGUGUUUUGGUGGCGUCUCGGUGCUGAGCUGGGGAAAUCUGUGGUGUACCAGGAAACCAAUGGAGAAACAAGAGUUGAAAUAAAAGAGUCUGUCCGUGGACAGGAUAUCUUCAUCAUACAGACAAUCCCCAGAGAUGUGAAUACUGCUGUCAUGGAGCUGCUGAUCAUGGCCUAUGCACUGAAGACUUCCUGUGCCAGGAACAUCAUUGGGGUCAUCCCCUACUUCCCCUACAGCAAACAGAGCAAAAUGAGGAAGAGGGGCUCCAUAGUCUGCAAACUGCUGGCUUCAAUGCUUGCCAAGGCAGGUUUAACACACAUUAUCACUAUGGACCUUCAUCAAAAGGAAAUCCAAGGCUUCUUCAGCUUUCCAGUAGACAACCUGAGAGCAUCCCCUUUCUUGCUGCAGUAUAUACAGGAAGAAAUUCCCGAUUACAGAAACGCAGUUAUUGUAGCCAAAUCUCCUGGUGCUGCCAAAAGGGCUCAGUCUUAUGCUGAGAGGCUGCGGCUGGGGCUGGCUGUGAUCCAUGGGGAGGCUCAGUGCACGGAGCAGGACAUGGAUGAUGGGCGUCACUCCCCUCCCAUGCUCAAAAAUGCAACUGUGCAUCCUGGCCUGGAGCUGCCAUUGAUGAUGGCCAAGGAGAAACCGCCCAUAACUGUGGUUGGAGACGUUGGAGGAAGGAUUGCCAUCAUUGUGGAUGACAUCAUCGAUGAUGUGGAAAGCUUUGUAGCUGCUGCAGAGAUCCUGAAAGAGCGUGGAGCCUACAAGAUUUUUGUGAUGGCUACUCAUGGGCUCCUGUCAGCAGAUGCCCCUCGUCUCAUAGAGGAAUCCUCCAUUGAUGAGGUGGUAGUGACCAACACUGUUCCUCACGAGGUGCAGAAGCUGCAGUGCCCCAAGAUAAAGACUGUGGAUAUCAGUUUGAUCCUCUCGGAGGCCAUCCGGCGGAUCCACAACGGCGAGUCCAUGGCCUAUCUCUUCCGCAACAUCACUGUCGAUGACUAGACCUGAGCCUGCCCCUGUCCUGGAUUCCACGAGAGAAGGAAAUCUGCAUGGAAAGGCAAUACCAUAAAACAUAGGCAUAACACAGCUGUUUAUUUUUGUAGGAGUGUUGAGGUUUUCAGGGUCUUGAGCCGUGAGAUCUAAUAGAAAAAAAAAA